AUGAGACAUAGGCGACAAAAUUGGAUAUAUACAUUUGCUGUAAUAUGCUGCUUAAUGAGAGUUACAGCGUCAAAUGGUGUCUCGCUGGUGAAAGACCUUUUCGAUGUAAACAAUUACGAUUCCAGUAUUAGACCAGUGAAGAAUGAGAGCACAACGACAACAGUAUCUGUAUCAAUGAGUCUCAAUCAAAUACGAGGACUGAAGGAGAAGACACAAACACUCAGUUCAGCUAUAUGGGUAACAUUCGGUUGGCGAGAUGAGUUUCUGACUUGGAAUCCAGCCGAUUACAAUGGAAUUGAUGAACUUACAAUACCCUCUGGAAAUAUUUGGAUCCCCGAUAUGACAUUGUAUAACAGUGUGGACGGGGAAAAGGGCUUCACUGAAAUAUGGAGUGCAACAAAUGUGAGGAUUUCUUAUAAAGGCGAUGUAGAAUGGAUGACUAUUGCACAGACACAAACUACCUGCAUACUUCAGCUCAGCGAGUACCCAUUUGAUCAACAGAUAUGCUCGAUGAAAAUCGGCUCAUGGACAUAUUUUGCACAUGAAGUUGAUGUUAUUCCGACGAACAAUAAAGCAAAUAUUGGUAACUUUAUAAAAAAUGAAGAAUGGGAAUUAAUCGAUACAAAACUGCUUCAAAAUUAUGUGCAGUAUACUGCUGGGGCAUUUUCAGACGUUACACUCAGCAUACACAUAAAAAGAAAGCCAAAUUUCUACCUUUUCACAUUGCUUUUCCCAUGUAUAUUGCUGAUGGUCAUAGCAGUAGCAGUGUUUUGGUUACCAGCAGAAAGUGGUGAAAAGGUGUCGCUUGGGGUGACGGUAUUAUUGGCCCUGACCGUGUACCAGUUGCUCAUAACAGAAAAUAUACCCGAGACUUCUGAUUAUGUGCCACUUCUGGCUCAACUAUUUGGGGCUUCUGUUGUGCUUCUGGCAUUUUCGACAUUGUCUGCGGUUGGUGUUUUAAAUAUCCACUUCUAUGGAUGCUUUGGUGCGAGGGUUCCAAAACCUCUGAGGAGAUUUCUUUUUGGAUGUUGCGCAAAAGUGCUGUGUCUGACACCGCAUAUUAGUGACUUUCUACAGCAGAUUGAGGAGAUGGAGUCAAAGGGAACAGGGGCAGAUGGCAAGACCUCUCACAUGCCCUACCAUUAUACAAGGAGAGAACAUAUGCAAGACGUUCCAAUAGUCAAUGGAAAUGGAAAGACCGCAUCCAUGGGAGACACUUUGAAUAAAUCAUUGGAAGAACUCAGGAUGACUCGAUUGGAUGCAAAAGCCUCCAGACAAGAGGAAGAACGUAAUGCUAUGUAUGUUCAAGAGUGGCAACUUGUAGCAUGCGUGGUUGAUCGAUUACUUUUUGUUUUCUUUGUAUUAGCCACAAUUAUGAUAAGUCUAUUGAUAAUCUUAUUGCGCCCAGAAGAUCCACAUGCAAUUUCAGUUUGA